GACAGCUUUGCAUUGCAAACAAGUUCAUUUAUCGCGAGAAACUUGUGCUAAAUAGGUGAUUAGAUUCUCGUUUAGCGGUGUGUUUUAUAUAAAAGUGGUUUGCUUUUAGAAAUAAAUCAACAUGUGGGAACAGAUAAUAGAAUAUUUAAAAGAUCCUCUACUAGUUAUAAAAGUUCAAAACUUUUUCGGUGUUACUUACAAAAGUAAUGAAAGUAGUCAUAAUAAUGAAUCAUCCGAAGUGGUACAUUCAGAUAGAUUAGAGCGUUUGAACGAGGAGUCUGAGAUCAAGCAGCACAAGAGGAUCCCCAGCAACAUCUCGAGCAGUUCCCAGUCGUCGUGCGACACGGACAGCUCGGCGGAGAGCGGCGGGAAGGAUGCCGUGGAGUGCAGCAUCAACAACAAGUUCUGGUACUACCUGUUCGUGCUGGGCACGGAGCUGGGUGACGAGAUAUUCUACGCGACGUUCAUACCCUUCUGGUUCUGGAACAUAGACGGAGCAGUCGGCAGGAGGGUGGUGCUAGUCUGGACUAUAGUUAUGUAUAUUGGACAAGGAUUCAAAGACAUAAUCCGGUGGCCGCGGCCCGGCUACCCCGUGAAGAAGCUGCAGCAGAAGUGGGCCAUAGAGUACGGGAUGCCGUCGACGCACGCCAUGGUCGGCGUGUCCAUACCCUUCUCCGUGCUGCUGUACACCAUGGACCGGUACCAGUACCCCGUGCACUGGGGGGUACUGAUCGCCGUGUCCUGGUGCACGCUCAUCUGCGUUAGCAGGGUCUACUUGGGGAUGCAUAGUGUGCUGGACAUAGCGGCAGGCCUGCUCCUGGCGACGGCGCUGGUAUCGGUGCUGAUCCCUCUGGUGGACCGGCUGGACUGGUUCCUGCUGACGUCACAGCUGUCGCCCUUCCUCGUCAUCGCGGCCUCCAUACUCGUCAUCGUGUUCCAUCCCAACGCCGAUAAGUGGACACCCACGAGAGGCGACACGACGAUGAUAGUGAGCGUGUGCGCGGGCAUCCUGACCGGCGCCUGGACGCACUACCAGCUCGGCAACAUGGCGGCCAGCCCCGCCGCGCCGCCCUACCAGAUCAUCUGGCCCUCCUACAACAUGCUGGGCUGCACCAUCCUGCGCACCAUCCUCGGCUUCUGCGGAGUCCUCGCCACCCGCGCCAUAGCCAAGUCCCUCUCCUACGCCUUCGUCUGCGCACUGCUAGGCAAAGACAAGAAUGAACUGCGCAACUCAGAGGACAGCUUAGACAACAAGAACAAAAUCAUCGUCGAACUGAGCUACAAGUACUUCACGUACGGAAUGAUAGGCUUCAACACGACCUACGUGUUCCCCCGCGUAUUCGAUCUGCUGAAAAUCAACAGGCCUACGUAUUACACCGAGAUUUAACGCCUUUACUAGUCUUUUUGGGCUAACUUAGUGAUGUCGGAAUCUUAUGCGAUGGUGCGUUUAGUUAUCGAUAUCGAUACGCAAGGUUAUGUGUAAAUUCAACUCAUUUUAAAUGUCAUUAAAUGAGCUUGAAUGUUAAUGUCUGGACUAUAGAAAAUAAUUAAUUGAAUCGAAAUAAAUUAGGAGUUUCAUGGCCUUAUAGUGAGGUGGUCAGGCUUGGUUAGUGAUGUGAAAGAGAUUACGUAGGUAUAUAUAAUUUGUGCUAUAAAUCGAAUUGUUAAACAAAUUAUAUACUAUAAUUAUAAAAUAUGCAGUCUGGUGAAAAAGUUUGUUAUAUAUUUUUUUAUCUAUUGCCUGUAUGUGUGAUGUGUGAGCCAUACCAUACUAGUGUAACAUUUUCAUAAUUAAUUGUUAUUUGUGCAAAUACCUAAUCUCUUUAAAAUAUAGUCCAGACCUCAUUUAGGUAUUUUUUACUACGACACGUUAUCAGUAGUUUAGAUAAUAUUUAUUGUAUUGUAUUUUCUACAAAAUAUAGUAUUACACACACACAAACAUAGAAUGUACACAAAAGUUUAGCUUACACACCGAUAGAUGGCACAGCUAUGUUGUACGAAAUUAUUAAUGUUUAUCAAACUUACAGAUACUAAAGUGUAAGUUAAAAUGAACCGUGAUGCCAUAUUAUUCAGAUGGUUUUUAAUAUCUUAGCACAAAUAUUCCUCUCUGUUAAAUGUUAUUAAUAAAUUUUACACAUCACAUUAUUUUUUUAAAUAAUUAUGAGCUUUUUAAAUGGAAGCUGAAUUUUAUAAUUGUACGAAUUAUAUUUUACUAUUUUAGAGGCUAGAUUGCACGAAUUUUUAACACUAUUCGGUUGUUAAAUAUUUUGUGAAUUGUAAUUUAUUAAAUAAUUUUCAUCCGAAUGAAACUGGCCAUUUCGAAUACAUUCCUAGAACAUUAUUUUAAUAAUUGAAAGAUACAAUACUUCAGUAGUUGUGUGUGAAGCAAUAUUUAAUUUAGCCGAGACUUAAACAAAGCGCAAUAUAUUUGAUGUGUUUUAGCAUCGUUGUUAAACUUCUACUAAUUCUUACUAAUAUUAAACAUGUGAAAGUAACUCUGUUGUUUGCGCUUUACACUGAACCGAUUUAAAAUCAAUUUGGAACCUACACAUACGUAGGCUACUUUUACCCGGUUGCGGGAUGUGGUUAUCCCGAGAUAUGAGUGAAACCGUGGGAAUAAGCUAGUGUAAUAUAACUCGAGGCGUAUAGACGCGAGUGAGUAACAAGUGCCUGCGAUACUGAUGCUAUACUGUUGUGAGAUAAAUUCUAUAUUGUUAUGUGUAUGUCCAUGCGAGUAGGGUAUAGUAUCGUCACCAUUAAAUUAUAGUUUUUUUUAGAUUCCAAAGCAAUGGUAUACGUUUUCCUCUUGUUAAAAUACCAAUAAAAGUAAUAGCAGGGUGUUGUGUUUCAUGUUCUCUGUAUCGUGUCAGGGUGUUAGGUGAGUGAUGUGGACGCGAACGCAAAGCGGCGCGGCGCCAAUUGCCAGAUGUGACACAGCGCCGCGCGUCGUCACGUUGCUCACUUCAAAGUGAAAUACGAUUGUUCGCGUUCCUAUACAGAAUCCAGAUCAUUCAUUUAGUACCUACGCAACUUUAUUUUUGUAAAUAUAUUUCUCAUGUCCUAAAAGGUAAAUAAUUUUAACAUAAUUUUUAAUACUGAAUUUAUUUUAUUGUAUCUUUUAAACCCUGCGACUUAAUUGUUAACAUUUUAGGACAAGAGAGAACAAAUGAUGAAUAGAUAAUCAACUGUAUUGGUUAUGGUUGUAUGGUUAUCCAUACAAACUGUAUGGUCUGUAUUAUGUUGUCGGUUGUCACCCCGUCUACUAUAAAUUAUUAUUAUAAAAUUUAUUUUCUUAUUAUAAUAAUUAUAUUGUGAUUAUUUUAAAUUAAAAAGCCACUCAACUUUUA